CUCCUCCUGCUGCUGCUGCUGAGGGAUCACUAAGGAAGCCUCCUCACACUCUCACUCACUAGUAUAGAGACAGCUCCAGCUUAGGGUAUGGAGGCCUGAUCCUUCCUGUGGAGAAAGAUACAGAGACCCCAUCAUCACCAUCAUCACCAUCAUCAUCAUCACCACCCAGCAGCUGCUGGCACCAGAGCAUGACAGGAGUCUAUGAGAGAAGGGUCCCAGCCAUCAGAACCAGUGACUUCCACUCUUCCUUCCAGGCUCCCAGCAUCAUGCAUCACCCAUCCCAGGAUUCUCCCACCUUACCUGAGUCUUCAGCCACAGAUUCUGGCUACUACAGCCCAGGAGGGGCUGCUGCCCACCAUGGCUACUGCUCGCCCACCUCUGCCACUUAUGGGAAGGCUCUGAAUGCCUAUCAGUACCAGUAUCAUGGAAUGAGUGGAUCUGCCGGGAGCUACGCUGCCAAAGCCUAUUCAGAAUACAGCUAUGGGAGCCCCUACCACCCUCACCACCAGUACAGCGGGGCAUACAACAGGGUGCAGCCCCCCAGCACUCAACCAGAGAAAGAAGUGGCAGAACCAGAAGUGAGGAUGGUGAAUGGGAAACCAAAGAAAAUAAGAAAACCCAGAACUAUCUAUUCCAGCUUCCAGCUGGCGGCUCUGCAGAGGAGGUUCCAGAAGACCCAGUACCUGGCACUGCCCGAGCGGGCCGAGCUGGCAGCCUCCCUGGGCCUCACACAGACACAGGUGAAGAUCUGGUUCCAGAAUAAAAGAUCUAAGAUCAAGAAGAUCAUGAAGAAUGGAGAGCUCCCCCCUGAGCACAGCCCCAGCUCCAGUGACCCCAUGGCCUGCAACUCCCCACAGUCCCCAGUGGUUUGGGAACCCCAGGGCUCCUCCAGAUCUCUCAGCCAUCACCCCCAUGUGCACAGUCACCCCCAGACCUCCAACAACUCCCCGGCCUCCACUUACCUGGAGAACCCCAGCGUGUGGUACCCAGCAGCCAACUCCCUCAGCUCCCACCUACAGAACCACAGCUCCCUACAGCACCCACUAGCGCUGGCGUCUGGGACUCUCUACUGAAGAGCUGACGAUUGACUCUUUCCCAUCCUCUCCUUUAUUUUGUUGGCUUUGGACAAUCCUCCUCCUGAUUCAUUGUCCCAGGAGACAGUACAGACGAAUGUAUCAGAUGGAUUCUUUUUUUUUUUUUAAAAGCAAAGUAUAUUGUGUAAAGCUUGUGCAUGUAAUUUAUUGCAUUUCAAGGGACCUUUUUUUUUUUUUGUAUUUUUUAUUUUGUUAUUAUUAUUAUUAUAAUUUUUUUUUUUUUUUUUUACCAAUGGACUUUGACACAAUUUUUGGACACUAUUCUCAAUGGUGCCUUCAAUCAAUGACCUCAUUUUUUUCCCAGAGAGACUUUUUUUUUUUUUUUAAUGUUUAUUGUAACCCAUGUAAAUAAAUGUAGAUAGAGGAAGUAAGUUGUAUAUUCUGGUUAAA